AUGCAGAUUUAUUAUAUUGGAUUAAUCCGUACCACAGGAGGUAAAUCACUUGAAUUGAGUUCCGCCAAGGAGUUAUCAUCAUUCUCCUUCUUUGAACGUAGUAGUAUCAACCAGUUCAUGACGUUCUUGGCUGAAACUAUUGCUGAGCGGACCGAGGCUGGUCAAAGACAAAGUGUUGAAGAAAAGGGAUACAUUUGCCAUGCUUAUACUCGUUCUGACGGAUUAUCUUGUGCAGUUAUCACCGAUAAAGAAUACCCCAUUCGUCCUGCGCAUACUCUUAUGAAUAAAGUGGUUGAUGAAUAUUUGAGUUUACAUCCUGCAAGUGAAUGGUCUUCGAUAACUCAAACCACUUCGGCCUUACAUUACGAUUCCUUAGAUACUUAUAUCAAAAAGUAUCAAAACCCUGCUCAAGCUGAUUCAAUCAUGAAAGUACAACAAGAAUUGGAUGAAACCAAAGUCGUGUUACAUAAAACCAUUGAAAGUGUUUUAGCCAGAGGUGAAAAGUUAGAUUCAUUGGUUAAUAAAUCCGAAGCCUUAUCAAGUACUUCUAAGAUGUUUUACAAGCAAGCAAAGCAAACCAAUUCAUGUUGUGUGAUUAUAUAA